UGUGGGCGGGGCGGGAGGCUCUGUUUCUCUUGGGACCGGAAGUCGCGACCAAAGCCACUGGAGGGCGCGGGGACAGAGACCCUAACCAGAGCCCAAAUGGCACAGUGGGAGAUGCUGCAGAAUCUUGACAGCCCAUUUCAGGAUCAGCUACACCAGCUCUACUCACAUAGCCUCCUGCCAAUGGACAUUCGACAGUACUUGGCCGUCUGGAUUGAAGACCAGAACUGGCAGGAAGCUGUACUGGGCAAUGAUGAUUCCAAGGCUAACAUGCUAUUCUUCCACUUCUUGGACCAACUGAACUAUGAGUGUGGCCGCUGCAGCCAGGACCGUGAGCGCUUGUUGCUACAUCACAACUUGCGAAAAUUCUACCGGGACAUUCAGGCCUUUUCCCAGGGCCCUACCCAAUUGGCUGAGAUGAUGUUUAAUCUCCUUCUGGAUGAAAAAAGAAUUCUGAUUCAGGCUCAGAGGGCUCAGUUGGAACAAAGCAACCCAGUUCUUGAAGCACCUAUGCAAAGCCAGCAGCAUGAGAUUGAAUCCCGGAUCCUGGAUUUAAGGGCUAUGAUGGAGAAGCUGGUGAAAUCCAUCAGCCAACUGAAAGACCAGCAGGAUGUCUUCUGCUUCCGAUAUAAGACUCAGAUCAAAGGGAGGACAUCCUCUUUGGACCCCCAUCAGACCAGACAGCAGCAGCGUCUGCAGGAAACUCUCAAUGAACUGGACAAAAAGAGAAAGGAGGUGCUGGAUGCCUCCAAAGCACUGCUAGGCCGGUCAACUACCCUAAUUGAGCUACUGCUGCCAAAGUUGGAGGAGUGGAAAGUCCAGCAGCAAAAAGCUUGCAUUGGAGCCCCCCCAGACAACAGAUUGGAACAGCUGGAGAAAUGGUUCACAGCUGGAGCAAAGCUGUUGUUUCACCUGCGGCAGCUGCUGAAGGAGCUGAAGGGAUUGAAUAACCUGGUUAGCUACCAAGAUGACCCUCUGACCAAGGUGGACCUGCUGAAGGCCCAGGUCACAGAGUUGCUACAGCGUCUGCUCCACAGAGCCUUUGUGGUAGAAAAUCAGCCCUACAUGCCUCAAACUCCCCAUCGACCCCUCAUCAUCAAGACUGGGAGCAAGUUCACCGUGCGAACAAGGCUGCUGGUGAGACUCCAGGAAGGCAAUGAGUCACUGACUGUGGAAGUCUCUAUUGACAGGAAUCCUCCUCAAUUACAAGGCUUCCGGAAAUUCAACAUUCUGACCUCAAACCGGAAAACUUUGACCCCCGAGAAGGGGCAGAGUCAAGGCUUAAUUUGGGACUUUGGCUACCUGACUCUGGUGGAGCAACGUUCAGGUGGCUCAGGAAAGGGCAGCAAUAAGGGGCCACUAGGUGUGACAGAGGAACUGCACAUCAUCAGCUUCACGGUCAAAUAUACCUACCAGGGUCUGAAGGAGGAGCUGAAAACGGACACCCUCCCUGUGGUAAUUAUUUCUAACAUGAACCAACUCUCGAUUGCCUGGGCCUCCAUUCUUUGGUUCAAUCUGCUCAGCCCAAACCCACAGAACCAGCAGUUCUUCUCCAGCCCUCCCAAGGCCCCCUGGAGCUUGCUGGGCCCUGCUCUCAGUUGGCAGUUCUCCUCCUACAUUGGCCGAGGCCUGGACCUGGAGCAGCUGAGCAUGCUGAGAAACAAGCUAUUCGGGCAGAACUCUAGGACUGAGGAUACAUUGUUGUCCUGGGCUGACUUCACUAAGCGAGAGAGUCCCCCUGGCAAGCUCCCAUUCUGGACAUGGCUGGACAAAAUUCUGGAGCUGGUACAUGACCACCUGAAGGAUCUCUGGAAUGACGGACGCAUCAUGGGCUUCGUGAGCCGGAGCCAGGAGCGCCGGCUGCUGAAGAAGACCAUCUCUGGCACCUUUCUACUGCGCUUCAGUGAAUCAUCAGAAGGAGGCAUUACCUGCUCCUGGGUGGAGCACCAGGACGAUGAUAAGGUGCUCAUCUGCUCUGUGCAACCUUACACCAAGGAGGUGCUGCAGUCACUCCCGCUAACUGAAAUCAUCCGCCACUACCAGCUGCUCACUGAAGAGAAUAUCCCCGAGAACCCACUGCGCUUCCUCUACCCCCGAAUCCCCCGGGAUGAGGCUUUUGGGAGCUACUACCAGGAGAAAGUUAAUCUCCAGGAACGGAGGAAAUACCUGAAACAUAGGCUCAUUGUGGUCUCUAAUAGACAGGUGGAUGAGCUGCAACAACCCAUAGAGCUUCAGCUGGAGCCAGAGCUGGAAUCAUUAGACCAGGAGCCAGGGCUGGUACCAGAGCCAGAGCUAGGGCUAGGCCUGGAGUUAGAGCCACUACUGAAGGCAGGGCUACAUCUGGAACCAGCACUAGAACCUGUGCUGGAGUCCACUCUGGAGCCCGUGCUGGAGCCUGUGCUGGAGCACACUCUGGAGCCCCUGCUGGAGCACACUCUGGAGCCCCUGCUGGAGCACACUCUGGAGCCCCUGCUGGAGCCUGUGCUGGAGCACACUCUGGAGCCCCUGCUGGAGCACACUCUGGAACCUGUGCUGGAUCCCACUUUGGAGCUUGUGCCGGAGCCCACACUAUGCUUGGCAUCACAAAGAGUACCAGAGCCAAACCUAAUACCUAUAUCACAGCCAGUGCCAGAGCCGGAUUUGCCUCGUGAUCUGAGACACUUGAAUACUGAGGAAAUGGAAAUCUUUAGAAACUGUAUAAAGAUUGAAGAAAUCAUGCCAAAUGGUGAUCCGCUGUUGGCUGGCCUGAACACCGUGGAUAGAAACUGUAUAAAGAUUGAAGAAAUCAUGCCAAAUGGUGACCCGUUGUUGGCUGGCCUGAACACCGUGGAUAGAAACUGUAUAAAGAUUGAAGAAAUCAUGCCAAAUGGUGAUCCACUGUUGGCUGGCCUGAACACCAUGGAUAGAAACUGUAUAAAGAUUGAAGAAAUCAUGCCAAAUGGUGAUCCACUGUUGGCUGGCCAGAACACCGUGGACGAGGCUUAUAGCUCCCGCCCCAGCCAUUUCUACACUGAUGGACCCUUGAUUCCUUCUGACUACUAGGAACUAUGUUUCCCCUGUUCUUUCCGUAUCUCUUACCCCUCCUACCCUGUGAUGUUGCUCACACAUCAUGAUGUUGCUCUCCACGGUUGGGAAAUCAGGCACAGGCAAGUGCCCUUUCUAAGCUGGGUUAACCCAGGGAUUUGGGGUGAGAAGUAAAAGCAUAACAUGGUAACAUGGGUGAGGAGGGGGCAGCAAUGAAUCGGAAUGGAUGCUGGCAAUAGUUCUAAAUAGGCUCCUGGAGGCUGCCCGAUGUGCUGGGAGGUGCAGGUGUCCUGGGGGCAGCCAGGACAAUUGGGAGGUACAUGGAGGGCUCAGGGCAGCGGCUUUUUUUCCUGUAUGGAAGGAUUUCAACAUUUUAAUAGCUGGUAAGCCUAAAUUGGUACACACUAGCAUUAGCCCUUGGUGGGGAGCACAGAAAUAUAAUAGGACUCCAUUUCUUUCUUCUGAUUCCUUUAUGUCUGGAAUAACUUUUCCUUUCUUCUUCCCUUCAUUUCUGACUCAAGUUUUAAAUUUCUUUACCUGCACAGGCUGAGAGCUUUCUGCCUCAGCCCACCAUAUCACGCUCCACCCUGUAGAAAGGGAGAACAGGCUGAUCCUCUUCUUACCAGUCUUCUCCUUUGCUCUGCCCCUAAGCUGGCCACAACCAUUCCUCCCCUAUAAAAUGAUCCUGCCAAUCUAAUGUGCCUGUGAAGCUUUGCACCCUAUAUUAUGCUACCUAGUCCCCACCUUCCCAGUACUUAGGAGACAGAUCACUCCUGGAGGCCGGGGAUGGUAGGGUUGCUGGGAAUUCAAGAAUUCCUUUUUAAAGUAUUGGAUAGAAUUUGGUGUUUUUACAGAGGAAGAGAAACACUGGGUCUUAGCUAUGUCUCUAUUAUGAUAUUAUUCCCUUUCUUUUCUACAAUAUAUUGUUUACCUAAAAGGAAUGUCUCUAUUCCUUGGGUGUCGGCCUGGGCAAAGACCAAGUUCCAGGAACUUAAAACCUUGAAGGUUUGUCACAGGACUCUGGAUAACCUCACACCUUGGCCAUUCCUAAGGAAUCCCAGGGGGCAACUGCCAUUGCUCUAAGAUGUGCUUCUAGUGUAACUUGCCAUAUAAAUGAAAGUAAGGUCCUGCACACGUGGCUGUUUCUCGCCUGGUAUGUCAGAGAAAUAGUCCUGUUCAAAAAGGGGCCCUUUUGAGCAGAAAUGGCUAAUAAACUUUUUGCUCACCUG